AUGUUUUCAAUUGAUUGGCAUCAAAAAUUUAUGGAUGUAGUUGUUUAUGCAGCUACAAAUCCUUGGCAAUUUCUUUAUUAUAUUUUUUUGUUUUUAACACCAAUGUUUCUUAUAUCUGGUUAUUUAGCAUAUCGUUUAGCUAAAGAUAUUCAACGCAAUGAAAAAGUGAAACGUGCUAAAUCUCAACAACAAGCUAAUGUUGGAAAAGUUCGUCGACAUGCCAAACGUGAAUGA